UGCCCCUCGGCGGCGGCGGCGGUGGUGUCUGUGUCCGUAGGGGCGGAAGGGCGCCGGGAUGCGGCUGUCGGUGGCGGCCGCCAUCUCGCACGGGCACGUGCACCGGCGGCUGGGGCUGGGGCCGCGCUCGCGCCUCGACCUCCUGCGCAACCUGGUGACGGCGCUCGUGCGGCACGAGCGCAUCGAGGCGCCCUGGGCGCGCGCCGACGAGAUGCGGGGCUACGCCGAACGGCUGAUCGAGUACGCCAAGCUGGGAGACACCAACGAGCGCGCCAUGCGCAUGGCCGACUUCUGGCUGACGGAGAAGGAUCUCAUCCACAAGCUGUUCAAGGUGUUGGCUCCCCGGUUCCAACCCCACCCCGGCAGCUACACCCGCCUGCUGCAGAUCCCCAACCGGGAUGGCCUCGACCGCGCCAAGAUGGCUGUCAUCGAGCUCAAAGGGAACCCCUUCCCACCCCUCAUCCAGCGCCAACGUGACAGCGAGAAGACGCUACUCAACCAGCUCCUGAAGGGCUACCGGGAGGACAUGCAGCAGGCAGCAAACCCUCGGGUCCCCGAGGGCACCCCUGUCUAGGCAUUUCCCCCAACCCUACCCUGAGGGAGGCCCCGAGUUGUGCACAGGGAUGGGGCUUGGUGCCAGCUGCCCAUGCACCAGCCAGGGUGUGUCUGUCCUGUUGCUGUCCCUGCCACAGGAAUGGGAGAUGUGCGAGGUUUGAAGGUUGAUCACUUACCUUGAGUUGCCCUGAUGGGGGCACGAGCUCAAGGGUUACUUGUGGCUUCCUGGGGUUUGAGUAUAGCAAGAGAAGGGAAUCAAGCUGGGAACCCUAAUGGCUGGUGUUCUUCAUGUAAAUAAAAUACAUUCAGAAAGUUUGCA